AUCAUAGGCCAUUUAAUCGUUUUAGUGAACACACUUUGUAACACUUAUCAUACGAAAACAUUGCAUACGAGGUGUUAGUAAUUACAACUUAAACUAUUUCGUUGCGUGGUGUUAGGUGUUAAGAAAUUGUGUCGUUAAAGAAUGGAAAUUUGACUAAAUAUUUUCAUGCCGAGUAACGUCAAGGGCAAUUUAAAUGCCCAUUUAUACUGACAAAGCAUUUUCUAUUUAAAUCAUAAUCUUGAACAAUAACGAAGUCUAUACUCUCCAAUUGUUGUGGUUGAUUAAUACAGAAACACAAACACGAGCGCAAAAAUAUCUUUGUUAUAAGUGGAUAGAGCAAAACAAGAAUUAUGAUAUUUCAGAACCUUCUAGCUUCAACGUCAGCACUUCUUGUUGCACUUGUUCAGUUAGGAUCUAUGGAUGUGAUGGGUUCUUCUAAAGGAAUUAAGGUCCUUCCUGUUGAUCUGUCACCUUCAAUAGUGUAUGUGGAGAAAGACGGAAUAAAGGGUUUUAUCUACCCUGAAGAUUGGGAUGACAAUGACGCCCGAGUCAUGUGUAAACAGCUGGGUUAUAAAUCAGGAGUCGCCCUCGGGCCCUGGGAUCUAGGACAUCCAUUAUACCCUUACUUGAUAUCAAACGUGCAAUGUAAUGGAACAAAAGAACACAUCGGAAAUUGCAAAUUCAAUGAAACAUCCCCUCUGUUGAACCUUUACCGACGCAAUCGCAUCGCAGCAGGAGUGCAUUGUAUAAAUGAAACAGUCCGUCUCCAACCAAACGCGACAUUUGGCGCGAUUCAAGUAUGGGACAGGGAUAACUAUCGCCUUGUGUGUGCGGAAGGUUUUGAUGAUCUUGCUGCUCAAGCAGUGUGUCGAUCCCUUGGAUUCACCUACGGGAAAAGCAUUUGCUGCUCCGCUUUUGGAAGGAUGGAAUACAGCAUUGUUUAUAGCAAUAUCAAUUGUACUGGUAUCGAGUCAAGUAUACUCGAAUGCGAUUAUGUUAAAUACUUUGCCAACUGCACCAGUGAACAUUACGCCUCUGUAGCGUGUUCGAAUAAUCCUGAAAAUGAAGAAUUUGAAUUAAAGAUACAUCAGUCUGGAAAAGUUACCACAAGACAUUUUGAUAAUUCGGGCUUUAUCUGCGCUAAUGAUUUUGACGAUACAGAAGCGACAGUUAUUUGCAAGGAGAUGGGAUAUAAAGGUGGAUCUGCGUACUUCCAUUCAAGGCAUACGAAAUAUUCAACAGUCCCACUUCUAGGAGUUCCAUGGUUAGCAAAUAUUGCCUGCGAGGGAACCGAGAAGUAUCUCGGGAAAUGUGGAAAAAUCAAUUGGGGCUCAGUUGGUACUUGCGAUGAAAACAGAUUACCUGCAGUUUACUGUUACAACAAAACGGGGUUUUCUUUAGCCCUUGUAAAUGGAGCAGACAAAGAUAAUGGGCUUGUUGUGUUCACCGUAGAUGAUAAAGAGGGUGCAAUAUGCCUACGCGAUUCUGUUACAGAAGAACGACAAAAACUUGCAGCCAUAGUAUGCAAACAACUUGGAUAUAGAAACGGCGGCCUUCUUUUGAAUGGUACUGAUGCUGAGAAUGAGUUCACUGCAAGGAAAUUAUUUCCUGGAAAGUCGGAUAUGUUUAUAACCAAGAUAAAGUGUAAAGGAAAUGAGAGCAGCCUAGCGGAGUGCACCUUUAGGAUUUUAGAAGGAAGGUAUGAUUUCCCUGAGGAUUGGAUAUCGAUUACUCUGGAUGGUUGUCAAAACAGUUCUUGUUAUAGAGCACGAUCAUACAACCGAGGGUAUGCGUUUUUAAACGAACUCUCGUGUUGGGCUGGAAAACGACGUCUCGUUGUGAAAUGCUUCCUUUAAUAUCCAGUAUUGUUAUCGAUUAUAACAGAAAACAUUCGUAUUAGUAUUUUUGAGUUGUUUUCAUGCAUUAAUGUAUGGUUUGCAUUGGACCGUGCGUCACUAAAAUGCGACUGGGCACGUAAAAGCA